AUGGGCGGCCCCUUACGGCCCCUCCCACCGCCCGUCGGCCCCUUACGCCGCCCUUCGCGGCCCCUCGCGCCGCCUUCCGUGGCCUCCUCACGGCCUGUCGCCGCCCUCCGCGGCCUCUUCACGGCCCGUCGCCGCCCUCCGCGGCCCCUCGUGCCGCCCUUCACGGCCCCUUCGCCACCCUUCGCGGCCUCUCAGCGGCGGCCGCCGCCGUCCCUACAGCAGCAGCCUCCGCCGUCCCUGCUGCAGCUUCCGCCGCGGUCGUCACCAGACACAGCCGCCCAGCAGCCGAGCAGCCGAGCCACCGAGCCGCCGAGCCGCCGAGCAGCCGAGCCGCCGAGCCGCCCUGCAGCUGAGCCACCGAGCCGUCGAGCCGCCCAGCAGCCGAGCCGCCCAGCAGCAGAGCAGCCCUGCAGCCGGGCCGCCGCAGUCAUUGCCUCGGCCGUAGAUGAUCUGCAGCUGUUCCUCCAGUGCAAUAGGGCAGACGGUCUCUCCCUGUUUGACCUCACCUCUGGUGCCUCCCUUGCCUCUGCUGCUGAUGCCGACCCAACUGUUCGCUCACAGUGGGCCACGCGCGAUGCUGCUGCCCGCCUUGCUGUGCGCCGCCACUUGCCUACUGCUGAGCGCGCGCAUUUUAGUCAGUACAAGAGUGCUAAGACCUUGUACGACGCUGUAGUUGCACGCUACUCUUCCCCUGCCACUGCUGCCCUUAGCCGCCUCAUUCUGCCGUACCUCUUCCCUGACCUCGCCGCUUUUCCCACGGUCGCUGACCUCAGUACGCACCUUCGCACUAGUGACAUUCGCUACCGCGCUGCGCUUCCUGCUGACUUCUGCGCCAAGAACCCCCCCCCUAUGUAUAUCACACUCUACUACAUAGUCACCCGGCUCCCUGACACCCUUCGUUCGGUCAGGGACCACUUCCUCUCUGUCUGCCCCACCACUCUCACGGUUGACCUCCUCGAUGAGCGCCUCCUAGCAGCAGAGAAGGGUAUAGUUGCUGUAGGAGCCUCUCGUGGUGACCCUCGUACCCUUGUUUUUGAGGGGUGCUCCCCCUCCCCCCUCUUGCCCUCUGUUGCCUCUGCUGCAGCGGCCGACCUAGUUGGACUUGAGUCGGUCAGUGCGGCGUCUGCCCCUAGCGGGAGACGCCGCCCAGGCAAGGGCAAGGGAGGCAAGGGCGCUGGAGGAGCUGGAGGGGGCGGUGGAGGAGGUGGUGGGGGCGGAGGAGGGAGUGGGGGUGGUGGUGGGAGUGGUGGUGGGGGUGGGGGCACUAGUGGCGGCAGUGGAGGCGGAGGAGGCGGCGGUGGUGGCGGUGCGAGCGGAGGUGGCGGUGGUGGAGGUUAG